CUGUUUACUGCCUCCAACACGGAAGCAACCAGUUCUACUUUCAUUUUCAAUAGUUAUCCAUGGUCUGAUGCCAGCAGGUGAAAAUGUCUAGUGCAGACUGGGUGCAUGUGAGCAAUGACUGGGGCUCAGAGCACAGACCGUCCAGUAACUGGGGCACAGAUGACAGAUCUGCUGGGUGGUUAAGUGCAGAAGACCGACAUUCCUCUCUGAAUCAUAUACCUGAUCUCUCAGAAUUAAAAUUGGGAUCUCAGGAUAUUGGACGUCAAGAAAUAACAAGAAGACACUGGGUGAAAAAUGAGGAUAGACCUUACUGUAAUAACAAACAAUGUCAUAAAAAGUUUACGUUAAUUGAACGUCAGCAUCACUGCCGACAUUGUGGUGAAGUGUUCUGUAACGAAUGUGUCAAGUAUCGGAGGAGACUGAGCAUUCUAGCACACUUAGAUCCCGAAGGGAAGCUUUACAAGGUGUGUCAGGCGUGCUUCGAAGAAGGUCAUGACAAUGAUGUACCAUCUAGAAGUUGGAUGAAGAAUUUUAAAGACCUUAAACUACAAUGCAGACAACAUAAGGUUGCUGUAAAUCAGGGAAAAUCAAAUCUACUGAAGUCUUGGAGAGACAAGUUGGAUUUACCAAAAGAGUGUAAGAGGUUGCGGGAAGGUUUCAUGAAGACUGUCGGAGCGUCUGAGAUGAAGAGAACUCUUCACGAAGUGAAAGUUAUGAUUACCACCCCUGAUUGGCAAAAGUCGGCAAAUUGGAUACAAGAGAGUAUGUCAGACAAGUGUCAGCACUGCUCUGCAGGAUUUGGUUUGCUGAAGAAGAAAUACACGUGUAAACUAUGUGGCCGGGCUCUGUGUAAGACGUGUAUACACAAGGAGCUGCUUGUUUACAUACCAGAUGACGUGAAUGAAAAUCUGCGUACAGAGGCUGAACUUGUUAUCAUCAAAGUCAUUGGGAGUCCGGAAGUUGAACCAGAGAUAUCCCUGCUGUUGCAUGUGUGUGCUUCAUGCAGACAGUAUGUGGUUGACCGUCAGGUUGACAAGGCUGAACAAGAACUAAGGUCAGAGGUCAAGGACACAGAGGAAGGGGCCAUUUCAAAGUUAAUUGGUGUUAAUGUGACUAUAACAAAACUGCAGGAUAAAAUUCAUGCUCAGAUGACAAAGUACCAGGAUAUUGUUGAGAGCCUAGAAGACAGUAGUAAGUCAACAGGUGAUGGCAGUAACACUAAGGUGCUAGCUAAAGCUCAGGAUGAUUUAUCAGACUAUUUUUCCACCCUUGUGUUGAAAAUACCUACUUUGAAGAAACUGCAGGAAGGGUGUGAAACAGACACACAAAGGAAACUACUCAGGAACUAUACUAAGGCGAAAAGUGACUUCUACCUUGACAAUAUAAACAUGUUCAGGACAUUGAGAAGAAAAUUAGGCGAGUCAGCACCACCUCAAGUACUCGAAUAUAUACAGAAAAUAGUUGACAAAAAUGCAAUAGUAAGUGCCCAGAUCUACAUCCGUCAACUCGUGUUUGAGUCUAUUCAUCUUGGUGACAAGUACAAACUGAAGGGACUGGUGCCUGAGCUACUUAAACCUUUAGAUGAUGCAAUAGAGGAAGAGGCAGACACCUGUCUGGCAUCACAGGGAGAAGACCUGGAACAACAUCAACAAUAUCUGAUGGAAAUUAUCAAAGUUCAGAUGAAGGACCAUCGUGUUAUUAGACCGUCCAAGAGACAGCUGGCAGCACACGGACGGACGCACGCUGCUGAUAUUCUGAGAACAAGGGUAGUUGAGAUACUGGAGCAGGUUGAUGUUCAACUAAACUUGAAAUCUGUCAACAGAAGUUUUCAGCGGACCAAAGCCGAGCUAGAAACUGCCUGUAAAACUGCACAGCAAUUACAGAAUAGAACUUUGUUGAGUUAGUUUGGAUGGGGCCUGAGAUCAAAAUUGCUUCAACAUUCCAAGGCUUUUAAAUGCUCAAUUUUUUGUUUGCAUGACCAUGGGUUCAAAUGAAACUUUGUAUUGAUAUUGUUACUGUAAAUAUGGAAGUAAUACUUAAUUAGCUCAGUAGAUAGAAAUCAGAAUGAUGGACCUGGAAAGUUAUUAUUAUUUUAUUUGUUCUUAACCUGUGACUCAUGUGGAGAAGUUGUCACUUACUUGUGGAGAAGCUAGGGUUAACUGAUGGUGGUAUGAAAUAACUGAAAUACUGUUGAAAAAAGAAAUAAUUCCAAGAAAACAAGUAAGCAGAAGUAAGCUCUGCUAGGUUUAGCAUAACAGAUAUAUAUCAU